UUCUGCAGCGUGCACAUGUGCUGCAGCAGAGAACCUCCUCACAGGUUCCAUUACAAUGUUGCUGAGGUUUGCGUGGCAGCGGGCGCCAUGCAGCAGGACUAGCCCACUAGCACUAGCACGUCUCGGGACAUCUACAGCGGCUUCUCUGGGCUGGAGAUCCCCACAGCACAGUGCUUGUUCGGCGCGGUGCUUCAGGCUUCUCUCCCGUCCCUCCCCUUCAGACAGAGCGGCGUGUGUCCUCCGCUGCUCGGCCUGCUCCCGGAGCUCGGUGUUGAUCAGGAUGGCCUCAGGAGGUGAAGAGUCCUCUCACAGACACACAAACAGGCUGGUGAAGGAGCGCUCUCCUUAUCUGCUGCAGCACGCACACAACCCUGUUGACUGGUAUCCAUGGGGACAAGAGGCGUUUGACAAAGCCAAGACUGAGGACAAACCUAUCUUUUUAUCAGUGGGCUAUUCCACAUGUCACUGGUGCCACGUGAUGGAGAGAGAGUCCUUCGAAGAUGAGGAAAUCGGUCAAAUUCUGAGUGACAAUUUUGUGUGCAUCAAAGUGGACAGAGAAGAACGCCCCGAUGUGGAUAAGGUCUACAUGACGUUUGUGCAGGCGACCAGUGGAGGAGGGGGGUGGCCUAUGAGUGUGUGGCUGACUCCGGACCUCAAACCGUUCAUCGGAGGGACUUACUUUCCUCCCAGAGACCACGCCAGAAGACCCGGUCUCAAAACUGUUCUCAGCAGGAUACUGGAGCAGUGGCAGAGUAACCGCACUGCUCUGGAGUCCAGUGGAGAGAGGAUCCUGUCCGCUCUGAGGCAGGGCACAGCUGUGAGUGCACAGUCUGGGGCGAGUGUCCCUUUAGCCCCAGACGUAGCACAGCGCUGUUUCGAGCAGCUGGCCCAGUCGUACGAGGAGGAGUACGGAGGAUUUAGAGACGCUCCCAAGUUUCCCAGUCCAGUAAACCUGAUGUUCCUGAUGACGUUCUGGUGUGAGAACCGCUACAGCUCUGAGGGGGCGGAGGCUCUGCAGAUGGCCCUCCACACACUGAGGAUGAUGGCACUGGGGGGCAUCCAUGACCACAUAGCACAGGGUUUCCAUCGUUACUCCACAGACUCGUCCUGGCACGUUCCUCACUUUGAGAAGAUGCUGUAUGACCAGGCUCAGUUAGCUGUGGCUUACAUCACUGCCUCUCAGGUUUCAGGAGAGCCCUUCUUCGCAGAUGUGGCCCGGGACAUACUCCAGUACGUCUCCAGGGACCUGAGUGAUAAGUCUGGGGGCUUCUACAGCGCGGAGGAUGCAGACUCUGUCCCGGUGUCGGGGGGAGCGGAGAAGCGCGAGGGGGCCUUCUGCGUCUGGAGCGCCUCCGAGGUGCGGGAGCUGCUGUCUGAGGUGGUGGAGGGCGCUACCGGAUCUGCGUCACUAGCAGACAUCUUCAUGCACCACUACGGGGUCAAAGAACAAGGGAAUGUCGCACCAGAACAGGACCCCCACGACGAGCUGCGGGGACAGAACGUGCUGAUCGUGCGCUACUCGCAGGAGCUGACGGCCGCCCACUUCGGCGUCAGCGUCAAGAGACUCAACGAGCUCCUGGCCACGGCCCGGGCCAAGAUGGCGGAUGUGAGGAAGAGCAGGCCGCGCCCACACCUGGACACGAAGAUGCUGGCCUCCUGGAAUGGUCUAAUGCUUUCAGCUUAUGCUCGGGUGGGAUCAGUUCUGAGGGACAAGGACCUGCUGGAGAGAGCGGUGCAGGCCGGGAACUUCCUGAAGCAGCACCUGUGGGACCCCGAGAGGCAGAUGAUGCUCAGGUCGUGUUACCGUGGAGACCAGAUGGAGGUGGAACAAAUUUCUCCUCCCAUCGUGGGCUUCCUGGACGACUACGCGUUUGUGAUCUCCGGGCUGUUGGACCUGUAUGAGGCUACCUUCCAGACUGAGUGGCUGCAGUGGGCGGAGGAGCUCCAGCUGAGACAGGACGCUCUCUUCUGGGACUCUGAGGGCUGUGGCUACUUCUGCAGUGACCCCCACGACCCCACUGUUCUGCUCCAGCUCAAAGAGGAUCAAGACGGCGCCGAGCCCAGUGCCAACUCCGUGUCUGCGUCUAACCUGCUGCGUUUGUCCCAGUGCACGGGCAGAGGGGAGUGGGUGCACAGGUGCCAGCAGCUCCUCACCGCCUUCUCCAAACGCCUCAGUGCCGCGCCCAUCGCCCUGCCCGAGAUGGUGCGCGCCCUCAUGGCUCAGCACAGCACCCUCAAGCAGAUUGUGAUCUGUGGACAAAAGGACGCGCCGGAUACAGCCAGUCUGGUAGCAGCGGUCAACUCCCUGUUCCUCCCACAUAAAGUCCUGAUGCUGUGCGAUGGCGUCUCGGACUCCUUCCUCCGGACACGUCUUCCCGCUCUGUCCUCCAUGUCCCCUGGCGGAGGACACGAGGCAGCCAGGGCCUAUGUGUGCCAGGACUCCACCUGCUCCCUGCCCCUGACGGACCCCCAGGAGCUCCGGAACCUUCUCCUGGACGGGCCCCUCCUCCAGGAAACAUGAAUGAACUGACAAUGAGCCCAGAUACACAGAUUUUUACAUGUUCUUAUUUUUCGCGCCAACCAGCCGACUAUUACCUCAGAAGCAUGAAAGAACACAUAUUAUGCAAAAUGUAAAGCUGCACUGUGUAACUUUUUGGUUAGAGGUCAGUCACCUGCUUGUUUCUAUGGAUACGUCAUUGCUUUGCCUGGAAUGUUCCACAGUGUGACAUUAAACAGCUCUACUUUACAUUUAUUCAAUUACAUUUGGUUUUAUCGAUCAAAAAUACCUCGAAAAACAGACAUUCUGACUGUGAGCGGGGUCGCCUCUGCACAGAUCUGACCUGUUACUUGGUCUGCUCUGGUCUCCAUGAAGAUAGAAAGGUUUAAUGUCAUACUGUGAAACAUUCAAGGCAAAGCAAAAGGAGAAAUUCAAUUCAUUAACUGGACAAAAGUUUACUUAGGUCGAAUACGUUUUGCAGCUCGUCAAAGUAGACCCCCACACUCAGUGCAAGUUUAAUAGGCUCUAUUCACUCUUACAUCACAAACCAGGAAGACGUUUGGAAAGAUGCGAUUAUAACUUUUAGUGUAGGUACCGACAAUGGGCUCGCCUAACAUUUAUUUAUUUAAACCGACUGUGAUCAAACCCACUGAAGUAAAUGUGAUGGGCAGUAAAGUGAAGACUGCAUACGUAUGUGCUGUUUGGAAUCAUCUUUGAUUUGGCCCCUCAUCUCUUCUAAUCUCAUGUACCCGGUUUGCUCGGAGUUCUGCGUCAGUGGGGAAAUGAUGAGAACUGAGGUGUGGUUGUAAAUGUUGAUUAGCUGAACCUAACAGAAUGCUACAUUGACAUGGAGAUGAAGAAAAAUGGGCCUGGGAAGUUGUAAUGGCAUCUUUCCAAACGCCUUCCUGCCUUGCAAACUAACAGAAACUGUGAACAAGUUGGUGUGUUAGUUUCAGUGUAGUUAGUUACCACAUUUUCCGGACUAUAAAUCGCUCCGGAGUAUAAAAGUCGCACCAGCCAAAAAAUGCGCAAUGAAGAAGAAAAAAACAUAUAUAAGUCGCACUUUUUGGGGAAAUGUAUUUGGUAAAAUCAGAGCCCAAGAACCGACAUUUCAUCUUGAAAGUCAAGUUCUAAUAAUAACAGUACACAGAACAACAGGCUGAAUAGGCGUUAAUAUGUUAACAUAACAUAUUAACAGUUAUUCAGAUAAUUAUAGCAUAAACAGCAGAACACAAGUUUAACAAACUCUCGAUCUCACUCCAAAUCACUAAAUCCAUUGAAUUCUUCAUCCUCGGUGUCACUUCUGCGCGACCUCCGGAGGUAAACCAUAGAUCCAUGAGGUAAAGGGAGCGCCGCUUCCUCUUCUGUGUAGCUGUCGUCAGACUCAGAAUCAGAUCCAUUUAGAAUUAUUCUGGUCUUUCUGAAUCCCGACAGGAGGGUUUCGAUUGUCAUUGAAGUUCAGGCUUUGUUGAUCCAUCCAAUGACUUCAAGGAAAGUUGCAUGGUGCACCCUCCCAGUUGCCUUGAAGCUGUGUUCUCCAGCCUCGCUUUCCACCAGUCCCUCACAAGUUUCUUGCUCACUCCAAACUUUCUUUCUGCUGCUCGAUUACCGUUUUCAGCUGAAUAUUUAGUGCGAAGUGACAGUGGUACAGGAGUAGUAGGAGCAGCAGAUACUCACAUAGGAGCCUAGAGCGCCCUCUGAAGUCUGUCAGUCUGUAAAUUUUAAUAUAUAAGUUGCACCGGAGUGUAAGUUGCAAGGAAACAACCAAACCAUGAAUAAAAGUGUGACUUAUAGUCCGAAAAAUCAGGUAGUUAGUUGGCUCCUCCCUUCAGGCAGAUAUAAGGCAAUGUCCACCAGCGUUUGACCACAACUGAAGAAACAGCUGCCAAACAUAUUCGACUAAAAUAAACUUUUGUCCAGUUGACAAAUUGAAUUUCUCCUUUUGCCAUGAAUUCUACUUGGACAACUGAGGGACUGUACACAUAUUCCAGUCAAAGUAAUGACGGAAUGUAUCACGGAGUAAGCAUUUGAUGGACGCUUAACCAGAAAAGUUACACAAUGCACCUUUAAGUCAUGUUGUAAUGCUGUUAUGUCCUCAAAAACUCAGAGUUGUGUUUUGUUUCAUUCACAUGUUUGAGUAACCUUUUUAUUAUUAGUCUAUAAACUGGGACGAGGGUGCUUUUUAUGCUCACACACUUGGGAUACUGUCCUGAGGAGGUUGGACUGCGGAUGCUGCUGUCGUUCUGCCUCCACCAAUAGGAAGACAGUGCUAAAACUUGUAUAAAUCAGCUGACCGGAGAUGGUAUAGCAACAUCACGUAACCACUCUGAAGAAGACCGCAGUUAGCAGGUAUGAAAACAAACUCUUUGUCGGAAAAAAGAACCUAAUAACAUCUGUAACGUCUGUCUACAUCUACAAAGCUCAAAAUGCUUAGUUCCACCUUGUAAUGUCAUGAAGAGAUAGUUUUCGAGUUAACAUUUUAUCUUUUGUUCAGUAGAGAUUUUUAAUACCAGGGCAGAAAUGAUCCAAAUGAUUCUAGUGAAGAUGUAUGGAGUUUAAAACGGUGGAGCACUUCCUGUAUUACCACAUGACAUCACAAGGUGGAACUGAGCGUUUUUAGCUUGAUAACUCGAUCUUAAUCUGCAGGGUUUGUGUGUUAAACAUGUGAAUAAAACAAAACACAACUCCAGGUCUGUUUGUGAUGAGGAAACUACAUUAGAACAUAGAUCAGAAAACGGUCUAAUAAAGUAUUCCUAUUGGUGCUAUGUGGAGUUGCCUCAUAUUAUGCAAAUCUGAUCUAUGUUAUCAUGUUUAUGGGUUGUGGUUUUAUUCAUGCAUGAGAUUUGUAAACAGUUUUGCUCUCUAAAUCUUAAGACACCCUCUAAAAACUCCUCUGUGUUUUAAAAAGGGGGCGUUAUGCAAAAUGACCUUGUUUUUAGCUUUCUACAGUGUUGUAACGUUGAACAAAAACACGCCUGACGAGGUUUUAGACGUCAUCCAUGCUCGUUUGAGUCAUUUAGUGAUCUCUCCCAGGCGUCCCGAGAGUCUCUCCAAUGCUCCCGUCUACUACAGACCUACGUCAGCCACACUCCCACUUGACAAUUCUCCAGAAAUAUACAAAAACAUGUACGCAGAAAAGUCAGUGUACCAUUUGUUCUUUUGAAUUUUGAUUAAGAACGAAAAACAAUAAAAUGGGAAAGCAGUUUGUUAUUUCAUUA